CUAUGACAUCUCGUGAGGGUGAGCAUGUCGAGUCAACAAAUCCCUCAAAAGAUGAAGUUGAAGAUGGAUAUAAUUUUUUAUUAGAUAAAAUUGAUGAAUUAUUAAAUUUAGAAGAAGAAGAACAAUUUAUUAAUAAUAUCGAUAUAAAUAUCCUUAAUGACAAUAAUAUUAGUCCCUGGUUGGACAACAAUAAUAUAGAAACUAUAGAGAUUCGAGGAUUAAAUGUAGAACAACAAGAUGUCAAUGAUGAACAAGAAGUAAAAGAUGCUUUAUUUUCAACAGCAGAAGUAUUAAACCAAGAAAUUAACGUUAUAGUUGAUACAGGUUCUAAAGGAUGUAUCAUCGCUAAACAAUUCUUAGAUCGAAUGAACAAAGAUAUAGAUGCUGCAAGCAACAUUCAAGUUGUAGAUAUAAUGGGAAACAAAUCAAUACCAUUAGGAAAAGUCCUUAAUGUUCCUGUAAGGAUUGGCAAAUAUGAAAUUCUAAUCGAUAUGUUAGUUACAAAUUCUAAAGAAUAUAAUGUAGUCCUUGGAAAUGAAUAUUUAGAUAAAGUAAAAGCAACAAUCGAUUUUGCUUCUGGAAUAAUGACUAUUGGAUGGAAUGAAGAUUAUGAAAGUGUUCCUAUAACUUGUUGGGAAAAAGUUAAUGAUCCUAAAACCUUCGUCCACAUAUCCUACAAACCUCAACUUCAAUUUAAACAAGACCUAGA